AAUAGUAACGAUCGCCACCAAUUACCACACAAGGAUAUUCGAAAGUCUGCAGUACUGCAUCGAAAAAAUGAAUCUCUACAUUCUUACAUUUGCGUCGCUUCUGGUAGCCUGUCGAGCAGACAUUCCGUUACUGGAGUUCGGUCUGGAAAACACCGGACAACAGGUGGCAAAUGUGAUCAAAGAAAGCGAAGCGGAAAAUAUUUUUGGUGGAUACUCAAACGAUAAGCCAAUCGUUCCGUUUCCAGAAUCAUCCGAAAACUGUGUUGGUGGGCCCGACGUUUGCGGAUAUAGAUAUGAUAAACCUUCAUGUCCUUGGGAGCCGCCGCGAACCGAAUAUAAGGAAGUAACUCUGACAACAACCGAAUUACAACGGGAAACGAUCACUCAAACGGCCACAUUCUGUGGAACGACGAACAGCUACCUACCUCCAGUAGUCACAACCGUGACAUCAUCUCGUGUAAUAACUCCAACUACAACUAUUGUCGUUACUCAAACACCUUUUGUUACGAUAACUCGCUCUAUUAUUCCAACUGUCACAAGUCUUUCGACUGCCAGUAGUGUUUCGAUUACGAGAACAAUCACUCCAACGUCAACAUACUUAAGUUACCUACCGUCCAUUUCCAUUACAAGAACUAUUACACCAACCUACACUAAUUUGAUAUAUCUGGAUUCCGUCACCGUAACUCGAACCGUCACCCCGACUUCGACAAAUCUUUUCUAUGAUGCUUCCGUAACCGUCAAUCGUACGGUUACUCCAACUUACACCAAUUUGUUCUACGAUGCCUCAGUAACUGUCAACAGAACCGUAACCCCGACCAGCACCAAUGUUUUCUAUUUACAAUCUACAACUGUGAACCGAACUGUAACUCCGACUUCUACGAAUGUCUUCUACCUUGCUUCCGUUACUGUCAAUCGUACUGUAACGCCCACUUCGACGCGACUCUUCUAUCUGGAUUCAGUGACCGUUAAUAGAACAGUUACCCCCACAUUCACCCAACUACACACGUGGUCUUCUACCCUCACGCAAGUCAGAACGAUUACACCUACAUUCGUCAUACAAGAUACAGCCGAGACUCGAACUGUUACAAGGACUCUCACUCCAUCGUUCGUGGUUCAGACUUCUGUCCCAACGACCACGGUAACGCGCACCCUAACGCCAACCUACCUAAUUACCACCACCGCUGCGUCCACCAACACCAUCACCCGUACCAUAACCCCUCAGGCAACCAGCACCACAACGGUAACGGCUCCGGUACAAACCGUAACCGUGCGCGACAAGAAAACGAUAACCGUAACUCCAACUCUUACCUCGACUCCAACGAUAUACUCCACCAUCACGCUGGAACCGAAAACGGUGUGCACACCGGCCAAUACCUAUCUGCCCGACAAAGAUGUGUCCACUUCGGUUCGCACGGAAACCGUAACCCAGAGACUGACGGAAACGGUCAUAGCGUGCACACCAACGAACGCCUAUCUCCCAGUUGCCGAAACAUCCGCCUACAAGCGAUCGCCGCUGCCUUCCGAUAUUCUGCCUCCGGAGGAGAAUCUCAUCGAACUGAUCUAA